UUGCAGACCCGCUGCAAUAAGGAAGGAUUCAAUGCAGUGGGAAGCGACCCUCGUCAUUCCAAAGCAAGAAUCGGCAUCAUUGCUAACCAGGAGAAUAACUGUGAUUCCUGUGACUCCCGAAUUGGUUUUGGCACAGGGGGUAAUCAUGAUGACUCAAACACAUGUGGAAAUCAGGCAACAUACUCCCCUGAUAAUGGACACAAACACAUCAAAGCCAUGGGGUACAUCCUUGUACAGUAACAGGGGACACGGUUUAACCUCCCAAAUUUUCAGCCGAGAAGCCAUAAUGAAGAAGAAAAUGUCGUGUCCUAAAGCUUAAAGGUUAAUAAAGCAAUGAGUUUAACCUUAUAUUCUUCUCUGGUUAGCUUUUCUCUAGUAUAAUUUUUUUCAAUGAAAUUCAGAGGAAUUCAUUUUAGCAAAGCCAAUUCAGGAAUUGUUUACGAAGUAAAUAUUGGCAAAGACGCCAUAUUCGAUGUUAUGAUACGUCCACGUCGUUGAGUGUGAGCGAAUCAAGGAAGUGUAACAGAAAAGAAGAAGCACAGAAAAUGUGACUUCCUUCAUGUUUUUUUUUCUCUCGCGCGUUACUCCUUACGCUCACCUCUCGCAUCUUUCUGCUCGAGUGAAAAACUUAAAAAAUUACGCCAGUUCUACAAAGUAACCAGCAGCCCACGGGCGUUAACGAUUUUUAUAGAAAAUAAUUAGCUCAGAUAUAAGAACUAACAAAAUGCAAAAGCAAUACCCUCCCAAAGUAUUGCUUAUCUUUCUCGCUUUCACCAGAAUGACAAAUUUUUGUGUACCAUUUGAGAGGUCAGUCUGUAAGUUAAAUAUGAAUGUACAUAUUAACAAGAUGAUUAUUAGCUCACCAUUCGAACGGAUUUCUUUCCGGGAUAUUUCCCGAGGUCGUGACUUCCCUCACCAAAAUUUCAGAUAUCCUACGUUAAAUUCGAAAAAUUGACAUAAAAAGAUCAGUAGUAUCUCAUCUCGUGAUGUCAUUGACUUUUCUACUUGAGCCGCGUAAAUUGGUUCUGAUUGGUUUAAAAUUCAGAUAGGAAGAGAUAAAAUCAGGAAGUAACGGACAUUUUAAAAAGACGAUGAAGAAGAGUUCCCCACAAAACUAUCUUUUUCUGUCCUUAAUUACACGUUUAGCUCGCGAUUAUCGGAUUUUAUGAUUCUAGGGAAACAAAAGUUACACCAACACCACUCUUAAGCCAAACUAUUCAUGGGAUGGUGUCAGUUAUCUCUUUUCGCAGAUGCACACGUGUGCUGAAAAAAAAAGAAACGAAAAUCCAAAAUUGCACUAUUUCAUCAUAGAACUAGCAUGAUGAAAGUUAACCAUUGGUAUCCUUAUCCUCGGCAGGCCACCAAAUUUGGCAAUUUCGUGACCUUGUUUCAAAAGGAUGGUAAUUUUAUCUAUCACAACCUAUUAGAUCCCGUACAACCAUUUUUUGCCUUUCUUCAGUCUUUUGGGAACUGUAGCAAUUAAAUGAACAAACUCAUCUGGAAAAUUUUCAAUUCAUCAAUCGAUAUAUCAUGAAAGCAUGAUUGAAAACUAUUACUCUUUCUUUUCUUUCCUUUCUGGGGUAAACUUCAAUGGCAGUUCUCAGGCCCUUCCUAACAGUCUCCCGGUUACGACUCCGACAAUUCGAUAGGAUUUCACUGGAACCUAAGCGACGGAGUUGUGAGAGAUAACGAUAUUUUUCUUCCGUUUCUUUGUUUUGAUUUUCACCCGAGCAUAUAGCUCUGCUCUUUUGAUUACGACUGCAAUCGAAUGUAUAAUAAAACCUCUGGAAGUGUUGGCUUGAUGCAGCCUUUGGAUCACAGAGGGUUUUAAUAAACGCGGGGUGCUGACCACAAAAUAAAUUUUGUAAGUAAAAUGGCUUUGAAAUGAUUGAACCGUUUAAGCUCUCUUUUGCAACAUUUAUUUAAUUUAACAGCGGUUAAAACCGAAAUGAUAAUGAUGAUGAUGCGGAAAGUUUUCAUGCAGUGUUCCAGUUUUCACAAUAUGAUUAAUCAGAAUUUAUACUUGUACAACAACUUUAUUCUUGCUGGUUGAACCGUAUUUAACUGUAAAAUUAACAUAUUUGAAAUAAUUUAUUUACAAUUGAGUAAUCUCAAUAAAAGUGUUGAUGUGCCUGCAAAUUCUUAGACGUGUUACUUGACGCACGACUACCGCAUGAGUCAUACUUGGCCAGUUCCAGGCCUUUAGUCAGUAAAACCGAGCGAAAUGGCAAACGGCGCUAUAGGAGCGAGGGAAGCUUGGGUCGGGUCAUUACGCACUCUACCCAAAAUCUCCCUCGUAUUUUUUUCACUCCUCCACCACUGUAGGGUGGUUCAGUAUAGGACUUCGUUUUCCUGACAGAACGCCCGAAACAGGAUGGUGAUGCUAGGCCGCUACAUAAUUCUGAUCUUUAUCUGCUUUGACACUAUUAUAAUUUAUGCUGUUUGCAGCAAAUUCCAAGGUCUGCCUGUACUCAGAAAGUUACCGGUAGUAGUGGGGCGAAACCUCCAGAUACGCGAAAAGGAGACCACUCAAUUAGCAAAAUCGGAUGUAAACUGAAUUUACUCUGAAACACUGAAACACUUUCAAUCGGUUUCAAGUAGGAAACACUCAUUUGAUUGACAUUUCACUUAAUGGUUCAGAGAAACUGUUUACGUGUUCUUUCUGUACUUUGGCCUAAUCUUGAACAGAUUAAAUUUUCAGGGAAGGAGAAUUUGUUUCUUAUGUUAGAGUAAAAAGUUAAAAAAAUCUUCAGAGUUUGGGGCAACUUUGUUGAAGGGUAAAUUACUAUUCUGCGUUAAAACUGACAUUCUUUGACAACAUAAUUAUUUUAUUGUGCUCUGAGAGUGCAGACAGUCAUGACAGACAAAUGAUCUCGCACAAGUUGUUUCAAACAUGGAAAGCAACUGUAACGCUUAUCGAGCAGCACGAUUCACAAACGAAGUAUUGAAGGUCAUAAAGGCUAUAAAUGAACAGAAGUUAUAGUCAUGUUAAACGGCCCCGGUCACUUUAUUUAGAUGCUGCCUAAGUUUGUAUUAUCAACAUUUAUAAAUUAAGUUUAUAAGGCCUGAGAGGGUUGAAGCUGGUCCUCAAGUUGGUCCCGGAAUUAAGGUUUCAGUUUCCCGUUUUAAAUCUGUAUUAGCCCAACAAAUGUUUUGUGUUGAACCAAGGCAGAAUGUCAACAUAGCGUGAUCUGAUAUCUUUUUGAUUUUGUGUUAAGCUUUAAUUUAUACGAGAUAAUUUGGUUUUGUUUACUGAAUUGAUAAUGUUCGAGCGUAGCCCUUGAUCAGAGCUUUCGAGCUUUCGCUCUGAACAAGGGCUAACAAUCGAAAUAUUAACUUUAGAUGUUUACAGUUGCCAAACUAGAUUAUCAAAUUAGCUGAAAGAACCAAACUAUCGUGUAAUAUCCCACCGACGCAAAACUCCAGCAUCCCUGGAAACCUAGCCACUUUAUGUCUUUAUACGACUCCGUUAACUGGCAAUAUCUCACUUUAUUCAUUGACCGGGAAAAUGCGAAACUAGUGAAUGUAAUAUUCCGGUUGCCAAAAGCACAGCCCUCGAUAAGCCCAUCACCGUCUUUACCGUUUUACUCAUUUUUAUCAAAAUAUAUGGACCAAAGACAAAACAAUCAGUGUCUGCAUGCAUGCAAAAAUCAUGUAGUCAAUUCGUUAAGAUAAACAGAAAAUUAAUUUGAAUUUAUUAAAUUGCAUUAUCACCGCUCACAAAUCGGCCGUUCAACGAUUUUUCAUCAGAUAGACAGCUAUAUUGUGAGCAGAUUUUCAAAGUCUAUUUCAAGGCACAGUGAAUUAAGUUAAAAAUAAUCUUCAACUUGGAACCUGUCUAUUGGAUGUCGCUGAAUGCGAGCAAGAAAAUUCGAGUUGUGUUUGAUGAUGAUAACUUACAAUUACGAAGCAAAAUCAUCAUAAUCAGUUAUUCACAGGUUGAGCAGCACAGAAAAUAUUUUCCAAAGUCAAUCAAUUCUCAAAAUGCGCUUGCUAUUUGCAGUUCAUUUCAUCGCAAAUAUCCUUGCGGUGUUCCCUGUUUUAAGCGACGCCAGACAACAUUCAUGUACCGCCAUUAAGACGCUUGAAACGAAAGUGGACAAUCUUAUUGCGCUGGUUAAGGACGCUUUGCCUCCAAAGCCUUCAGGUACAUUUUCGAUGAUAUUGGGAUAUGGUAUUUAAUGUUUUCAUAUUUCAAGUAUUCUCAACACGCUCAGAUCUUAAAAUGGCGGUCUUAUUUUUCUCAUAGCCGGUCCCUUCUCCUCUUGCAAGGAACAGUACCACAUAGGAAGGUAAGUACAGAGCAAUCUGUUUUAAUUGUGAGAUUCCAAAUCACUAACUUGAUGCAUAUUUACAUUCCAUUGUGGUAGAUAUGAGGACCCUACGUUUGCAUACAGGCUGACUCAGUUUUUUUGACUUCAUCUUUUUACGUAAGGUCGAGACAAAGCCAAGUAUACCCGUUAAUGUUUGGUUCCCAAAAGAUCCCUGUUUUCUGUCACAUGGGAAACUUUGGAUGUGGGGAUGGAGGAUGGACGCUGGCCAUGAAGAUUGAUGGCGUGAAGGUUAACUACCUCCUUCUUUUAUAAACUCUCUAUAUCGCUGAAAUUAACGAAGGCAAAUAAAAGAUGCAGUUCUUGUUUUUCAGAGAACCUUCCAUUACGAUUCCCAUUUCUGGAGCAACAGAAAUAGUUAUAACUUUGCUGGAGGCAAGACUGGCUUUGACUCACAAGAGACCAAGUUACCAACCUACUGGAGCACACCCUUCUCCAAGAUCUGCCUCGGUAUGAAGAUUGGUCAUCAGCUCAGGUUCAUUGUCAUCAACAGGCACGCCAACUCAUUGUUCUCACUGAUCGCUGAUGGGAAAUACCGCGCCACCUCAUUGGGCCGUAACACGUGGAAGUGGCUGAUUGGUUCACGGGCCUCCUUGCAGCCCAACUGCAAUAAGGAAGGAUUCAAUGCAGUGGGAAGCAACCCUCGUCAUUCCAAAGCAAGAAUCGGCAUCACCGCUAACCAGGAGAAUAACUGUGGUUCCUGUGACUCCCGAAUUGGUUUUGGUACAGGAGGUCUAUUUGAUGAUUCUAACACGUGUGGAAAUGAGGCAACGUACUCGCCAGAUAAUGGACACAAGCACAUCAAAGCCAUGGGUUACAUCCUGGUACAGUAA